GCUCACCGCCCCUUCCCCACCCCUCGCCGGCGGCCGCUGACAGGAGAGAUUUACAAUAGUGUUUGAGCAUCAUGGAGCCUUUAGGUUCUACGUUAACGGCAACUUAUGCCCACCCUAGACCAACACCAACCAACUUCCUACCAGCCAUCAGUACUGUGGCAUCAAGCUACAGGGACCGCUUCCCCCACUACAAUUUAACCCAUACCUUGAGCCUUCCUUGGAGACCAAGCACAUACUACAAAGUAGCAUCCAACUUACCAACCUUGGGCCCAUACUGCACCAGAUCUCAGAAGGUGUGCGAGAGCACCAUGCUUCCCUUUGUUUCUAAUAGAACCACUCUCUUCACAAGGUAUACUCCUGAUGAUUGGUACAGGUCCAAUUUAACCAACUAUCACGAAUCCAACACUUCCCGACAUAAUUCAGAGAGACUAAGGGUAGAUACAUCUCGCCUGAUUCAAGACAAAUAUCAGCAAACAAGAAAAACCCAGGCAGACUCCACCCAAAAUUUGGGAGAACGAGUCAAUGACAUAGGAUUUUGGAAAUCUGAAAUCAAUCAUGAGUUGGAUGCGAUGAUUGGAGAAACGAAUGAACUCACUGAUGUUAAGAAAAAAUUGGAGAGGGCUUUGAUGGAAACAGAAGCCCCUCUUCAGGUAGCCCGAGAAUGUCUAUUUCAUCGAGAGAAGAGAAUGGGGAUCGAUCUAGUUCACGAUGAAGUGGAAGCUGAACUGCUGACGGAAGUUGAUAUUAUUCUGUGUUGUCAAGAAAGGAUGAAGCUGCAUUUGGAUAAGGCCAUUGCUCAACUUGCAGCUAACAGAGCCUCCCAGCAUGAGCUGGAGAAGGACCUGAGUGAUAAACAGGCAGCCUACCGAAUCGACGAUAAAUGCCACAAUCUGCGAAACACGUCAGAUGGUGUGAGCUACUUUCGCGGAGUGGAGCGGGUUGAUGCAACAGUCUCAGUGCCUGAGUCCUGGGCCAAAUUUACAGAUGACAAUAUUCUCCGUUCCCAAAGUGAACGCGCAGCCUCUGCCAAGCUAAGAGAUGACAUUCAAAACCUCUUGGUUGUGACUGCCAAUGAGAUGUGGAAUCAAUUCAACAAAGUGAAUGUAUCUUUCACCAAUCGCAUAGCUGAGACUGCAGAUGCUAAAAAUAAGAUUCAGGUUCACUUAGCGAAGACCCUGCAGGAGAUUUUCCAGACUGAAAUGACCAUAGAAUCCAUCAAGAAGGCCAUCAAAGAUAAGUCUGCCUUCCUGAAGGUGGCUCAGACCAGACUGGACGAGCGUACGAGGAGACCCAACAUAGAACUCUGCCGGGACAUGGCUCAGCUACGUCUUGUUAAUGAAGUGUAUGAGGUGGAUGACACCAUCCAGACCUUGCAGCAGCGCCUGAGGGAAGCGGAGGACACCCUGCAGUCGCUGGUCCACACCAAAGCCACACUGGAGCAUGACCUGGCUGUCAAAGCCAAUUCCCUGUACAUUGACCAGGAAAAAUGCAUGAGCAUGCGCAAGACCUUCCCCAACACCCUCCGGCUGGUGGGCUUCUGUUAG